AUGAACCUGCUUCUCACCAAGCACAACGAGUUGAAGGUCUCGGACUUCGGCAUCAGCCGGAUGCUGGGAGAUGCUGACAGCUACGUCAUGACGGGAGGUAUCGGAACCUUGCGGUACAUGGCCCCAGAAGCUGGGUCCUUGUUCAGAAUCUUACGGAAAGAAGUCGUGCGACACGGGUGCUACGACGAGAAAGUCGAUAUCUACGCCCUGGGGCUCAUUCUCUACUUCAUGAGCUCUGGCCGCACCCCCUUCCACCAUCUUGGAGAGCUCGGGGCGCGGAGCGUCUGCGCCGGGUUCCGCCGCGGCAGUGAGCCGCGGCCCCUGGCUGCGGAGUGCCACCCAGCUCUGAGACCCCUCAUGGAAGCAGCCUGGCAUGCGGUCCCCGCCCAACGGCCUACCGCCCGCGAGUUGCUGGAAGAUCUGGGGCGUGUGCCCCAGGUCAAAGGGUGCGGGCCCUGCGCGCAGAUGUGA